CUUUAUACUUUACAUAUAUGUUAGUUCAAUUGAUUUGAAUAAGUUUAUCAAAAGGAAGUACAUGUACUGUAUAUGUUGAUUUCACAAAAUGGAGGCUGGCAUAUCCCUUACUCACUUACUUCACUAUGCUAUUAAAUGAGGAGUGAAAUGAAAAAUGAUAACAUGAUUUAAGUCUGAAUAUUAAUCUAAAUACUUUAUGUUAGAAUAAAUAUGGUAAUUGUUUGACAGUUUUUAAUAGCUUGAUAAUACUUCAUAUUUCUAAUUUCCAGUUCCUUUAAACAAGACUGCCAAGCAAGACUUUUUCUCACUGUUAACAAAGAGAAGACAAAGCUUGUUGUUCAAACUCUGGUCACUGCUCACAAUCAUGAGACUAGCAACAAUGCAUUUAAGCAUUACCCAGAACAACGGCGGUUAAGUGAAGCAAAGAAAAAAGAAGUGGAAACAAUGCUUGAGCUUGGUGUAAAAGUCAAAUACCUGAAAGAACAUAUUGAAGCACAACAACGCCAAGUCAUCACCCUUAAAGAUCUCCACAAUGUACACCAAAAAGCAAAAAGAGAAAGAAAUGGAGACAAGACUGAAGAAGAAUUAUUGAUGGAUGAACUAAAGAAGCUUUGUGAAGAUGACCCUGAGGCUGUCAUUUCAGUUCAAGCAAAUAAUGAAGGAGUAUUGGAGUUUCUUCUUCUGGUCACUGGUGACAUGAAGCAAACAUUUGCCAUGUUCCCUGAGGUGCUAAUGAUUGACUCUACUUACUGUACAAACAGGCUGAGAAUGCCAUUAUUUUCCCUUCUGGUAGAAGACGGAAAUGGAACUGGGCAAACUGUAGGGUAUGCUUUUAUCACCCAUGAAACAGAACACACCCUCUCAGCUGUCAUGACAGAGAUUUCAAGAAUACACAAAUUAGAAAAAGUAAAAGUUGUAGUAUUAGACAAAGACAUGAAGGAAAUCGCAGCUGUCAGAAAAGUUAUUCCAGGGCAGAAAUUCAACUUUGUAAAUUCCAUGUCAUUCAAGCUGUAGAUAGAUUUAUUCAAAAAUUAUCAAAACCACAAGAGGAAAAAAAUGAUCUUAAGAAAUCUUUUCAGUCACUUGUGUUUUCGAAAUCAAAAUCAGCUUUUGAAAGAGCAUUAUGUCACCUGGCAGCAACAGCCCCUGAUAGUUUCAUGGCCUAUUACAACAAAAACUGGGGAAAGCCACAUCAGAUAAAACAUUGGGCAUUCUAUAAAACAAUCCAACAAAUUAAUCUGGGAAACACAACAAAUAAUAGGAUGGAGUCACAUAACCAGAAAAUCAAAGAUAUCCUGAAAAGAAAUAUGACACUAACAGAGGCAGUAAAGAGCAUCUUACUACUGCACAGGGGAAAAGUAAACGAAAUGACUCACAGAGAAUUCAACCAUACAUUUAAAACUGCAUACCGCCUAGGUGAUGAUGAUGUUGUAAAAGAUGACAUUGUUAAAAACAUAACACCAUAUGCAGCAGGCAUCCUAAUUGCAGAACUAGAGAAAGCCCGUUUCAGCACAUCAAAGAACAAUAAAAUGUGCAGUUGUUCUCUUAAGAAGACCAUGCUUUUGCCAUGUAGACAUGUUUUUGCCAGAAAGAUAGAGCAGGGAGAAAAUAUAUUCAAUAUUGAUGAUGUUGCAGAGAGGUGGCACCUAUCAUACCAGAAAAAAAUAUG